UUUGUCUUGAAUUGUGAGACAAAACCACUGAAAUAGUAUAGGGCCCAUGAUAGAAGGAAAAUCGUUAGUUAACUAUCCACACAUGUAUGACGUACGCGGUCAGUCUUUAUCAAAAUAUUCCCUACAAGUCAGACAAGGUUACCGCUAUUUGCCAGUUUGCUAAUUUGUGACUUCAAUUUUCAAUCCGAAAGUAUCGUGGUUUAAUGUUUCAUUUACAAGUCACAAUGACAUUUGUAUAGACCCGCGUCAUGUGAAAUGGGUCUUAUGCGAUAUGCUGUCAGCGUAGCUCCAGCACAGCCUGCGCAUCUGUGCAGUCGUGUCAGGAUAUGCAUACUUACAAGGAUAUUCAGGAGAUACCACGACGAUCGCUUGAAAUGGCGAGAUCCGGGAGUUCUGGGAAUGGAAACAGCCUGAAGCAGCCCAAAGAGGAAGUGAACAUCAAGUAUAUGCACCGGCCCCCGCGCAUUGCGCCGAAUUACGGGAACCAGCGCCGGUCAAUACUGCCGAAAUCGAAACUAUCCCGGGUGCUUCUCUACGAUAACGCCACUCAGGAGCACAUGCUAGACAUAAAAUUGGCUAACAUUAGAAUAGAGAAGGAGCGGAUUUCGCGAAUAAUUGAUCUCAAUCAGAAAUCGUUCUUAAGUCGCAUGAUGAAAAGGCACGGACACAUGCAGUCGCUGCUGAAUUCCAGCUCCGCGCACAAACGCUCGUCACAGGACAAAGAACAUUCAGCGGAAGUGACGUUGCCGAGCCUCCAAAAUAACGCUCGUCCAUUUUCGUUUCCGGUAAACGGAGCGAAUCAAGAAAGGGGGACGCCGGCGUCUGCUUCAGUUACAGCAGAGCGCAACGCGUCAUUGAGUGACAUUAAGCUUCCUGUGUUAGCAGACGACAAACGGCAUGUGAUUUUCAAGGUUAAGGACAAACACGGUAAAAUGGAAGUGUACCACACAGUGGACGAACGCGGGGUGUUAGCUGACAUAAUCCCGAGCGCGUAUACAAAUCUUACGGACGACCCAAGGUUUAAGAGUCUGCACGAGAUUCUUGUGCCUUUAACACAAACUGGAGUGUAGCCUGCAUCCUUGUACAUUGGACCACGUUCAGCGCGAAAACAUGUUUAAACCAGUUAAACUCGUAAAAUAAAAAAAAAUUACAAUUCGCAUAAUUUUUACAAACGCUCUGCGCUUCAUACGCGAAUGUUCGAUAAUAUUUAAAAACGUGUGUGCUAUUGUUCAUGUUAAAACAUGUAUGCAUGUUCGUCUUAACGCUUUCGUCACUAUAUGUGUCGAUGUACAUAUACGAUUAUUUCGGAACUUCUAUGCAAAUACUCUUUUCUCUGUAUAGUGUUGUUUUGAUUAUUUUAUUAUAAACUGGGUCUGACAAAUACCUUCAAUAUAUUAAGCACGGUAAAAAAGAUGCAUAGAUAAAUAAUAUAUACAUUUGUGAUUGGAUCGCGUGAAUUGUACGAUUUAUUGCGUAGCAUAUAUAGCUUACAUCGUUGCAUGCAAGAUUUAUCGCUUAUUCUGUACGGCAUACCUUAUUAUAAUGUCUCUGUUAUGCACGAAACAUUCAUGUUGGUGUCUUUAUCGUCUUUAAGAGUACUGCAUAUAUAUAUAAUCAUUGGCUUUUUGUAUGUAAACCCUAAUGUUUUUUUUUAUAAUGCUACAAUCUUAGAAGACACACUUUCUUUGUCUUCUUUCGUAGCGUGUUCCUGACGCUUGCGUGGCUUAACCGUUUCACAUCAUGUCUUGAUUAAAUCGCGUCUUACUUGUGUAAUAGGUCGUUGAUAUUCGUAAUAAUGUCCUUAACCCAUUUAUGCCCAUUAUGCGGCGUCUCAUCAGGGUCUGCGCUGUUUGUUUAAAUGAAUUUCUCUAAGAAAUAUUCUAAAUAUAGAAAAAAUACACUAGAAAUCCCUAAUUUUGGAAAUAAAUUGAUACAAUUUAGAAGGAUGAGAGAGUCCACUAGGCAUAAAUGGGUUAAAAAACGUGGGUAAAACUAGGAAGAUGUAAUCCGAAUAGUGUACUGACCUCUUUACGAUUAGAGCACAAUCAACCGAGCGAUAAUGUAUCAACGAUCGCGAUCGCGGUUUAAAACAAUCAUUUUUGAAUGAAAUGUUUAAACUAAUAUUAGCUAUAUUAAUUAAGACUAGACUUGUUUGCAUUGCUUUCAGCUUUUUAAAACGAUGCUGGUGCUGUGCCAUAGCAGCUGGUUUUUACAAGUCCUAUGUGUGCUUAAAAUAUUAUCGAGGUUCUCAAAGUCUACUUCAGCGAUACAUGCGUCUUUAACAAUUAAUAUUGGGAUGCGAUAUGGUGAUAUUCAUCAUUAAUUCAUCAUUUAUUUGUUAUUUAUUCACGGCUUUGUAGCUAAUUUGUAUGUUUACAAUUCACCGUCAAUUCGGAUCAGAUAUUCGGAUAAGAUCGGAAACAUGAUGUAUAAAGGUCGCAGACCGAAUUAGGUGCUUUUUCUCCGGUUUUACUCCUGUGUUCAUAUUCUUGUUGAUUAAGUAGUAUAGAUGUUAAAUAAGUUGUGAAUAAAUCAUUGAAUGGUUCAUUGAAAAAUCUUA